UUCACUUUGUGUCCAUGACGGUAGUUUUUAUCGUUUUUAUUCACAUUACGACGAGUAGAGGUUUUCGAUCUGUUUUUGAUGAGAUUGAAGAAUUCCGCCGAAAACUACCGAAAUUUCCAACGAAAACACCUUACUGAGAGAUCAAGUUGACAAGUCACACAGAAAAUAAACAAAGAAAAUAAACAGAGAAGUGAUCAGCAACGAGUUGCGCAAUCAAAUUUUAUAAACUGAUCUGUAAUAUUCGCCAAUUUGGUUAGACCUGAGGAUGGUUGUAAUGCACAACCGAAUGCAAGUGGUAUAAACAAAUUGAAAACAAAACAAAACUCCUUUGUGUCAUUGAUCAGCUCCAGUCAUUACAACGGGAAAAAGAAUCUUAAAGUCUCCGCUGAUCAUUCACAAAAAUUGAAAAUCAAUGUAAUUGUUAUCGAAAUGAACUUUUGAAAUCCCUUCACGGUAUGAAAAAAAGUGUCAUCACAACGAACUGUUCAAUCAAAAAAAUUUGAAUAAAUCAGUGUGGUACGGAAUAAAUUACUAAUAUUGUACAAAGAGUGUUUCAUAGGAAAAAGAUACACAAAGGCAACAUGACUAUUCGACAACGUCACAAUAAAUACUUCUUCAUCGCCAUAGCUGUAGUAGUACUAGUCUUUGUAGUAAAAUCAAAUGCACAUUUGGACGAUUUAAAUAAGCCAUGCAAAUAUCUGGACUCAAUUAACAUAACUGAUGGAGAGGAAAAUAAGGAUGAUGGUAGCAUAAAGUUCGAGGGAGUCUCUUAUCCCAGCUACUUACACGCAGUUUAUGAUUACGAAUUUGUAAAUGAAUCGUUUCGACAGCCGGUAGCUCCACAUGUGCGUGGAUGUACCUGUAAACUGGCACCAUGUGUACGAAUGUGUUGUCCCCGUGGACAGUAUCUAUAUCGGUCUGUUAAUGGGACUAAUUGCUAUAAAAAUGAUAGUGUAUCUGACGCAUCUACAAGUGUAACAAAUGACGGACAGAACUUUGAAGACGAAAAAGUCUUUGAAAUUUUCAACUAUGUCGUCGGAAAACCGUGCCACAAAAUCUUCCAAAUGAAACCAUCAAAUUACCCGGAAACCAAUACCUGGGUAUUGUUCAAAAACGGUAGUAUUCUUCUGGGCGACCCGCCAUACGAAAUGUUGAGCAAAAAUGAAUACUGUUUGAAUCCUAUACAACACAACGAUACCAUCGAAGUAUCGCUGAUGACUUGCUUUAUACCUUAUUCAGCUACCAAAGAUUCUUGGCUUCCAUAUGGAAUGUUCAUCAGCGUACCGUUCCUAGUCGUCACAACACUGGUCUACACCAUUCUUCCCGAGCUGAGAAACGUUCAUGGUAAAUCGUUGGUGUGCUAUUUACUUGGAUUAAUUGUUGGCUAUAUAACACUCGGUUGGAUAAAAUUGAAUGGGUCGGACUAUUUCGAGCCGAUACUGUGCCGAAUAUUGGGCUACGUUGUAUAUUUCGCCUUUAUAUCUGCAUUCUUUUGGCUGAGUGUGAUCAGCUUCGAUUUGUGGUGGAAUUUCCAUGGCAUGCAAGGUAUCAACAAAUUUGAUGAUUUGAAAAAGUUCUUGGUAUAUUCGACAUAUGCAUGGGGUUCAUCAAUGUUUAUGGUGGCACUGUGCUACCUAAUGGACGCUAGUUCCAACAUUUCAUCGAAUUUCCAGCCAGGAAUGGGAGCAGGAUGCUUUUUGAAGGCGGAUCGGCUGUCGCAGUUCUUAUAUUUGUACCUGCCAAUCAUUCUGAUAAUGAGCUGCAAUUCCAUAUUUUUCAUAUUGACGGCAUUGAAAAUACGUAAAGUGCAAAUGGAAAUGUCAAGAGCUACUGCCAAGGAGGAUAGCAAAAGGCAUCAAAACCAUUCGGAUAAUGAAAGCGCAAAAUUCGUACUCUUCUUUCGACUAUUUAUCAUAAUGGGUGUAACGUGGACAACGGAAGUGAUUUCAUGGAUAAUAUCACCAGGUGGCAGGGGCUGGUAUUUUUAUGUAACAGAUUUAACGAACGCCUUACAAGGUGUCGUUAUAUUCUUCUUGUUUGUGAUGAAACCGAAAGUGAAAGAGCUCAUCAUAAAGAGAUGGAACAUUUGGCGUGGAAUAUCAUCGCCACGGAAGCAAGGAACGAUUUUGACCAGUGGCACAACUCGAUCGACAACUCGAACAUCUAAUAGAACGUUGAACACGAUCAAGCCGAACGAAGUAGCAUUGAUAUCGGAUGUGAAGGAUUAGAGGAAGAAUUGACCUUCCAAACGUCAGACACGAUACCAAAUAUUACCAGUAAAAACAAAGGAGCUGUCAGACACGAUACUAAAAUCUAACCUUAAUACCUUUGUUUGAAUUCUUGGUUAUGUGUGUUUACCGUUACGUGAAAAUGAUCUAUUGAAGCACCAGUAUUUGUAUAUACAGUAACAUCGUUUCGUUGAAAAUGGUGCAUAUUACGCUUUAUCUAGUGUGCUUAGUGUGAUUUAUAUGCAGGACUGGCCAUAUGGGCGGAUUGGGAUGGUCCUCCAAUAACAUUAGAAAAGAAUAUUAGAGUGUAAUUGGCGAUCCAACCAACCUCUCUCACCCGAACCGCCUUUGGGUAUCCAGUCCAGUAUAUACAUAUUACGGUGGUUUUCUUUUUCUUUUUUGGUAAAAGUUUGUGGAUUGUAAAAUAAAUAUUUUGACAGUAAAAAAGUGUCAAAACCAGAAGAAUUAAUUUAUUUCUUUUCGGAGCUGGCGCAAAUUCAUCAUAUAGACCAACAUAUGAAACUUUGAUAUUUUUUUUUUUCAUUACCAAAAACGAACAUAAAUGCGUUUGAAGUAUUUUUACAUAGUCGUCUUGUAUGAUUAAGAAAAUUUAUAGUAACAGAUAGAGUAUACUAUUACUGUCUUUUGAUGUGGAGGUUUUAUUUCGAGCCGAAGGCGAGGAAUGCAUCUCACACGCUCAAAAACAACAAAUUUCACAGCAAGAGAGUACGUUACUUUGCUGUUUUGUGACCAGAAAAUGCGAAAAACCGGUUUUGAACAAGACAGUAAUGACGUAUUUUCUGGCUCCAAGACAGCAAAAAUAAAUGACGUUGCUCCGAAGAUAUGACCACGGUUUUUUGCGUGCGGUUUUACUAAUGAGGUAAUUUGGCCUUUCCAUCACUAGGUAAAAAUAGCUCGCAAAGUAAAGCCCUCGGAGCCUUUCACUGUGUCAAUAUCUAUUGAAAGUUACAAUAGAAAUAAAUACUAAAUAGAAUAGUGACAAAAUUCAGAUCCAAUUCAAUUUAUUCGUUCGAGCUCUUUCGUUUAGCCCAAAAAAUCUAUACUUCCCACAGAACAUCUGAAGAAACUUGACUGUCUUCGUCUUCGUCAAACUUAUAAGUUAUCUCUGAAUGACUACAACGUAGUUAAACAUAACCGAUAACGACGGCAUAUUCGUUCUUUUUACCAGUUUACCAUAGAGACUGAAAUUAGAGGCAGUUGAACAUUGUCAUAAGAAGAAAAAACCAUUUCAACAACGAAUUAUGAACACAAAUUACAUAAAAACUCACAGAACUGUGAAAAUGGUAACAAGUUCUCAUAAUUGACGUGUUAUAAUCUCGCAUGGUUCGCAUUAACUUUGUCUGUUUGGUAAUCAUCAUUGUAGUUUAGAGAAUCGAGCACUCUUAUGUCCUAACGUUGAUAGAACAAUCAUUUUUUGGAUAUUCUCUACAAACCCGUUGUAUGUUUUCGAUUCUUUCGAGUGAAAAUGAACUAUAUUUUUCUUGGUUUUGGUUUUUCUUAUGUAGACAACCAAAGGACAUCACACAAAAAUGAUCUGAAAGAUCCGACUACAAACAAAAAAUCUCUAGAUCUGGAAAUGGUUUAUUUUAGGUCUGAUCAAAUGUGAUAGAAACAGUGGUUAAUUUUCAUUAUUACGUAAAUCAAAAUGCAAACGCUAAAUUACUAACAAAAAAACCUAUGCUAUCCAUCUAGCCAUACACACAAUAUGAUUGUACCUACACAGUAUAGUAUUACUUACCAUGUUGUUACGCUUCGAAUAUUCGGAUACAAAAGAAAUGUUGAAGAAAUCAUUAGACAAGAUCGUUUAAUUCUGACCAUUUUCGUAUUUUAUAUGCCCGAUGAUGAUGGAUUCGUGGUGUAUGAAUAAUGAACAAAUUGGCUUCCAAUUACCACAUUCGGUUGGUUGUUAAGGAAAUGAUUUUUUUAAGUAUUUUUUUGUAAAAAAAAACUUUUUUUUAUAAUUAUACUUCGGUUAUAUAUUGUACUUCGGUGUUGUGUAAUGUUUGUUC